AUGGCGGAUGACAUUGUAUCAGUGACUAUGAGAAGGAAAAAUACUGCCACACCAUGGGGAUUCAAUAUGCAAGGUGGAAUAGAUUUAGGGUGUUGUGUAUAUAUUCAAAAGGUAAAUCCAAGGGGUAUAGCUUAUAAAAGUGGGGUUCGACCUGGUGAUGCUAUUUUACAGAUUGGUAAUACACCAGCCCAAUACUUAUCUCACCAAAGUGCUAAAAUGGAAAUAAUUAGAAGUGGAAAUGAUUUAGACCUAAUUGUUCAGAGGUAA